GCGUGAAAAAUUUGACAACAUAGCCUCUUAUUUUGAUUUAGAAUUUGAUUACUUCUCUGCUAUUUCUAAAUACAAUAGACACAUUCUCCGCAAGUUCGGUACAGCAGAUAUGGACUUUGCUCAAAAAGCUGUUUUUAUAAGUCAUUAUUCAAUUUAUAAAAUAAUGAUUGAUAAGGGUUAUAAUAAUGUCUUAAUUUUGGAAGAUGAUGUGGACUUUGAAUUGAACAUAACUGCUAUUAUGACUGAUAUUCAUCGUGAUUUACCUGCCUCUUGGGAUGUAUUAUACGUAGGCCAUUGCUAUGAAUCUGUUGGCGAACAAAUCAGCAAAAAUUCUUUUGUACAUAAAUUAUAUAAGUCCGUAGAUCCAUUAUGUACGCAUGCAUAUGCCGUUUCGCAUUCUGGAGUCCACAAACUAGUUAAAUUCAUUGAUCCUGUAAAGCCAUAUGGAACAAUCGAUCAUUCUCUUUCUGCAUUAGUUAGAGAAGGGAAUAUUUCAUCAUACAGCGUUCAUCCACAACCUAUAGUGCAAUGGAAAUCUGCUGACAACCCAUCCGAUAUCCCUAAAUCAUGGGGAGCAUCCUUUAAUAUAUUCAAUUCUACUUUAC